AUGGUUAUAGCAUUUUCCAUAGAAUACUCAUUCUUUGUGGCGAGGUCGCUCUUAUUUGAUGAAUCUGAAGAUUCGAAGAUUGGUCACCAGGAAGGAUAUUCCCAAGAAUCACAGGAAUUAGAUGAAUACUUUGUCGAUUUGCCUCCUGAGCUUUGUCAGUUGAAGAUACUAGGUUUUUCCAAGGAUAUUGGAAGUUCAUUGUCUUUGCUACCAUCAAUGAUGCAUCAUCUUGAAAACUUGCUUGUAGCCAUUGAACUCAAGUAUGUGUUAUCAGUUUCAUUCUCAGAGGGAGCUGAAGUUACUGCUCAUAGGAUUCUUGAGGCACUCACAACAGAGAAGUGCCAGGAACGCUUUUCUCUUGAAAGACUUGAAAUACUUGGCGAUGCCUUCCUCAAAUUUGCAGUUGGACGUCGCCUUUUUCUUUUGCAUGAUACACUUGAUGAAGGGGAGCUUACUAGGAGACGGUCCAAUGUUGUAAAUAAUACUAACUUGUCCAAAGUAGCAAUAAGGAGCAAUUUACAGGUAUAUAUAAGGGAUCAGUUGUUUGAUCCCUGUCAAUUUUUUGCUUUGGGUUAUCCUUGUCCAAAUAUUUGUAACAAAGAAAUAGAAAUGGCUAUUCAUUCUCAAUAUAGAAGUGAUACAGCUUCCCAGCCAAAUGCUAGUGAAGUCAGGUGCAGUAAGGGGCACCACUGGUUACAUAAGAAAACAAUUGCUGAUGUUGUCGAGGCUCUUGUUGGGGCAUUCUUAGUUGACUGUGGCUUCAAAGGUGCAACUGCAUUUCUUAGAUGGAUUGGCAUAGAAGUUGAUUUUGACAUCUCACAAGUUUCAAAUGCUUGUUUUGCAAGCAAGAUCUACAAGCCACUUGCUGGUUACAUUGAUGUUGCUGCUCUUGAGAAGUUAUUAGAGUAUCACUUCCACCAUAAAGGUCUGCUUAUACAGGCAUUCAUCCAUCCUUCUUACAAUAAGCAUGGUGGAGGCUGCUAUCAGAGAUUGGAGUUUCUUGGAGAUGCACUCUUGGAUUACUUAAUCACAUCAUAUCUCUUUUCUGUCUAUCCAAACUUGAAGCCUGGUCAUUUAACAGAUCUCAGAUCAUUGUCAGUGAGCAAUAAGGCCUUUGCAAAUAUUGCAGUAAAUCAAUCCUUCAACAAAUUUCUUUUGUGUGAUUCUCGUAGCCUCUCUGAUGCCAUAAACAAGUAUGUGGAUUUUGUUAAUAGACCUUCAUCAGAAACACAACUUUUUGGAGCGCCUAAAUGCCCUAAGGCUCUUGGUGACUUGGUAGAAUCUUGUUUUGGAGCUAUUCUUCUUGAUUCUGGAUUCAACUUGGAUUAUGCUUGGAGAAAGAUGCUAUCCUUUUUGGAUCCAAUCAGGAGCCUUCCCACCUUGCAGCUUAGUCCUAUUAGAGAACUCCAAGAACUUUGCCAGUCUUAUAACUGGAAUCUCCAGUUCUUACCAUCCAGGAGCAAUGGAAAGCAUUCUGUGGAAGCAAAAGUGACUAUGAAGGAUGCCGAUAUGAUCAUUUCUGCAUGUAGUACUAGUAAAAAAGAUGCUACCAGAAUUGCUGCUCAACUAAUAUUUGAAUCGCUGAAGGGUCAAGGCUAUGUUGCAAAAUCUAAAUCACUGGAGGAGGUUUUGAAAUCUAGCACCAAGAUGGAAGCCAAACUCAUUGGAUACAAUGAAACGCCUGUUGAUGUUGCCUCUUCUGUUCCGAUUGAAUGCAAUUUAAACCCCAGCAAUGAUUCUGAUGAUGAAGUAACUGAUCUUGAUAAACUAAUUGAUCUCUCUUCACCAACGGAGAAUACAGGUUCUGUUGCCUUUGGAUUGGGAAGUCUGAAAUUGGAAGACCAUACUGACUGCAAUUUGAACCCUGCAAAUAAUUCUGUUUGUAAAGCAACUUGUAGUUGUUCAUCUACAGAUCUUUCAGCUUCUGUUGCUGUUGAAUUGGGAAAUUUGGAAUUGGAAAGCUGCUUUGACUGCAACUUGAAGCCUGAAAAUGAUCCGAUUGAUGAAGUAACUGAUAUUUGUUUAUCUGGUGUUGUUACUCCUUCUGUUGCUUUUAAACUGGGGAGUUCAGAAUUGGGAGACCAUUUCAGCUGCGAUUUGCUUGAUUCUAUUGAGAAAGCAACUGAUAUUUGUUCACUUACAGAUGUUACAGCUUCUGUUCCCAUUGAAUUUAAAAGUUCAAAAUUGGAAGACUGUUUUGAUUGUGAUACAAAACUGCAAUCACCAAUUAGCAAACGACAUUCGUGUCCAUCUGAAAUGGGAAUAUCAACGGAUGGUAGCUGUGAGACUCGCGGAGAGAUAGCAGGUGGAUCAAACAAAGUGUCAGCCAAAUCUUGUCUAUAUAAAGUCUGUAUUGCUAAUUGUUGGAAGCCCCCUAGAUAUGUUUGCUGCAAAGAGGAAGGAGAAGGCCACUUGAAACUAUUUACUUUGAAGGUCAUUGUGGAGAUAGAAGAAACUCCAAAUAUGCUUUUGGAGUGCUUUGGGGAACCUAGGAACCGAAAGAAAGCUUCUGCCGAGGAUGCAGCGGUAGGAGCACUUUGGUACUUACAACACGAAGGUUAUCUGCUUGACAAAAAUCAAUCACAGAUGCCGCCUUCGGUUAACAAGCAUACAUAAAUCUCUCAUUACAGAAAUUCUUAGUAGAUAUCGUCGUUUGUUUGUGUUUUCAACUGGAUUAUAAUAAAACCAUCGAAUCUUCUUUUCCAUCGAGGAAAAAUACAAUUUACUUAUUACAGCGAAGCAGAAGCUGGUAAUUAAGCUCUAAGAAAUAGGGGCCAGUCGAGAGACUAGCUUUUUGUACCCAUUCCUAACAUCUCCAUUCUGGUAAUAUUAUGUGUAAGUGGUAAUUACAUCUGAGUAUUGAUUGCUAAGUUAAUGCUAAAUGUAAAAGGCAAGAUAUUCACAGUAAUUUUUUAUACGUUUAUAUGUUAAAUGCCAAUUUAGCAGAA